GCAAAAGUAAACGCAGGGCAGCUCUUCUCUUCUCUGUAGUUUGCAUCUAGGCAGCAGGGAACGGUAAAUGAUUUAAGAUAUUUCACAGUGGACGAGAAACCUAGUGGAAACUGGCCUGCCCCAUUCUACCAUUGUAAUGAAAACUGUUCCUUUGUCCUGGAAUUUCCAUUAAAUGCAGCUUUGUUUCUCCUGCCUGAAAAAUUUGAACUUGUGACUGACGGCACUUGGAUGUAAACUGCAUCACAGUGUGGAAUGAGUUUUGGUGAGCUGUACAUUCAAAUCAAAAAUCAACUUUGUUAAAAAAUAUUAUAUGAAUGUACACCUCAACAAUGAAUUUGUUAGAACAGAUCAUUUUAGAGGAGGUGAUAUAACGUGAUUUUGAGUCAUCUGGGAACUUUCAAAGGUUUUCUUCAUCAGUACUUUAACCAACAAGGAAUGCUAGCAUUAUCCACAUGCUUUACAUCUAAUGUGUUCCAUGAUUUAAGAACAGCAGAAGAUUUCUACUGAUGGGGGACCAGCAAGGUGUUUCGGGGCCUGUCCUUGGAACCAGUGCAGAGGUUUUAUACUUCCAGCCAGCUCCCUGCAGUGGUGCUUCCCACAGUUUAUGUGCUGAUGGAAUGGGAAUCAGCCCAGAAUCUGAUCCCCAGGAUUCAGUCAUUACAGACUCUGGGUCAUCUAUAUUGGGUGCCUCGAUGGACAAAGGAAAUGGAAUUUUGAUAGACCAGCCCAGAGGUCUGAACUGGUGUCAUUCUGAGAUGAAUGACCAAAACCAGAUAAAUCAGAUACACAUUAAACAGGAAGACCCGUCCAGUUUACACACAAGUUCAAAUGGUCCAGAUGGAACUGCAGGACAGUGCUCAUAUGAUCUGGCAUUACAAGGGAAUGCCCAUGACCAUUCAGAAAAAAGGACAACAGCUGCAUCUCAGAAAUUAGACUCGUUUUGUGAAGCUUUUGCAAACAAGCACUUUGUGAUACAAGUUUCCAGUUGUGUGGAUUCUAGCCCAGGUAGUCAGUUAUAUGAUACUCAUGGAUGUUCAAUUCAGCAUAUGCUCAGUCAGAAGCCACAGACUACAUUGGUGCAAAUGCGUAGGUUCAUGCCAUAUAAUUUGCCUCAACAGCAGCUAAUGUAUACACAACACAAAGAGCAACACCAACACUCCCAGUUUAGCUACCAAAGACUGCCGUCCUUUCAUCCUCAGCAACCACUGACACCAGGUCACCCUCACAUUCUACACCAGGGUGGUCUACCACAACAGAGCCCACAGUCUCUGCAGUAUUACGUACAGCAGCCACAACUGCAGAACUACAACAAACCUUCUCAGAGCAGGUGUGAGGGAUCUUACUACCAGCAGCAGUCCCACUGUCACCCUGAGCACUUCUUGCACCAGUCCCAAACGUUCAUGCAAGUGCAGCAGGUUCCUCAGGACAGUGUGCCAAGAGCUGUCUUCCCUCAUCAAGCAAAGAUGAACCAAAGUCUGAACAGCAAUAGCCAGUGUCUGCAUCAGGAAAACUACAGACAGUGCUUUCAAGAACAGAGCCAAGGGGAGGAACUAGCACAAGAAAUCUACAGUUCUCCAGAUUCCCAUGGCAUCCAACCAGAAAAUGACCAGUCUUACAUGUAUUCUGCAGUUUCUGCAGCCCAGCAUUCUACUGAAAGAGAGCUACUGGCAUCUUACGUCGAUCAGUCAAAUCAUUUACCUGUACAGACUUCAUAUCGCUACAUCAGGCCUAUUGCUCCAAAGGGAUGCUCUCCAAAUCUGUCCCAACAAGAGGUUUCCACUAGUCCAUCAAACAAGAUUUAUAAUGGAAGGUUGCACCAAAGCCAUCUAUGGAAUCCUAGUACGAGAUGUCACUACACACCGCCUCCUAUGCUACAUCCUUGCCGCAAAGGAACAGGACUUUUCCAGCCUCACUUCAAUUUUCAAGAGUCCCCACAAACUUUUUAUGAUGAACAGUCUUCCCAUCAUAUGAACAUUGCACCGCAGAUAAACAUUGGUCCUGAAUUCCAGGUUGAGAUUCCUGAGCUACAAGAUGCUAUUCUUUCCCAACUGGACAUCCAUGAAGCAGAUCUUGUGUGGAAACCCUGGACUGACUUAGCACAUAGCCGGUGUCUACAACAGAAGGUUGAGAAGCUGUUAAAGCUAGCAUGUUCCAGUGCUCUUCCAGGAGGUGGGACCAACCGAGAACUUGCACUCCAUUGUCUGUUUGAAGCAAAGGGAGAUAUUAUGGCAGCACUUGAGAUGCUUUUGCUGAAAUCUGUGUCUCGUCCAAGGUGCCACCCACUGGCAGACUAUCAUUAUACUGGUAGUGACUCCUGGACACUUGAAGAGCGUCAGCUGUUUAGCAAACUUUUUGCCAUACACAGGAAGGAUUUUCUCAUAAUCCAAAAGCAGCUAAAAACCAAGCGACUUUCCCAAUGCAUUGAGUAUUACUACCUUUAUAAGAAGGUUCCAAAAUGGUAUAAGAAGCCAAGGUUACAGCCGCACGAAGAAGAGGAAGAAUGGAAAAGUCCCAGUUCACACCAACAGCAGUACCUAGAGCCAAAUCAUCAGCUUGGAGAGGGAAAUGCAAGUCCAGCUGGAAAUGCAAAUGGGAGCUUCCCCUGUAAACAAUGUGGAAAAAUGUUCUACAAAAUCAAAAGCCGAAAUGCUCACAUGAAAAUCCACAGGCAGCAAGAAGACUUAAAAGACAGGGGAAGCAAUGCUGGUUCCUCCGCAGUUACCACUGUUUACUCUGACAUGAUAUCGGACAAAAUGCUUACGUCUAUGUCUCUGUUCAACCACUGGGAACAUAGGGAAAUAGCAGACCAGUUUGACCCAAUAACAGACAGCAUUCCUUGUAGUGGACUACUCUCUGUGUAUAAUGAGGAAAGCAAACAUGGCUACAGCAGAGACAAAUGUCACAACAUUUUUAUGUGAAAAAGAAAAAAGAAGAAUGUGUAUUGCACUAAGACUUGAAUAAACAUACAUCUAGCUGCAGCUGAGAUCCUUUGUCUGCCGAACAUGCCUUCUGCUCUACUGGAAAUAAUGGAACAAGUUUUUUAUUGUUUUUUUUCCAAAUAAAGUAAAAUAGUUCCACUUUCCUGAUACACCCAAUCCAAGAUAAAUGAAUCUGGGGCAUGACGGUCACACCGAACCAGUUUCUGGACUGACAGUUGAGACUAGGUAUUAAGACUAUGUAACCUUUACUAUUUCACUGACCUUGCUAGUCAAAUAUCAGAAAUUUCUUGAGAAUCUUUUAGGAGACAAAAUAAUAAAAUAUUAAUGCCUGAGACUAAAUAUUGAAAGCAACAACAAGCCUUAAAAAAACAUCAGUAACAGAAUCCAUGAAUUUAUACAAAUGCUUUAUUGUGUAAAACUUUAAAAUUCCCUAGAGGCUUAGCUAUGCAGCCUUCAAUGGGUUGAAAAUAGGGCCAAACGUAUUUACCAGUUAAUAUAUCUAGCCAAUUACAAUAAAUUGGACAGCUGAAGUUUGAGUUUGUGUCGAUAGUAGAGAGGAUUAUCUCAAUGUAACUACAACUUUCAAAAAGGAAAAUAUUGUAUGUUGCUUGCGCAUAUGCACCUAUCAACUAUUCAGAGUACUUGGCCUUCUCAGACACUGUGAGCAUGGUGUGUGAGAGGGUACCACCUACUAAGUGCAAUAAUUCUGGCCGAUUUCAACGCUUAUGUACAGAAAGAUGGAGAUACCUGGAGGUGUAUCAGAGUAUGAUUGAGAGGAGUACUGUGCUUAUAUAAGGAAUAAUGGAGAUAUCCAGAAGUGUCUGAUUAAAUAACUUGGAGAAGUAGCUUGUUUGUGUAAAUAAUGGAGAUAAUAGGAAGGUGGGAGGAGGGGCUUACUUAUGCAAGGGAUUAUAUUGAUAUCUGGAGGUGUGGUACUGUGUGAUAGGGGGAAGUGAUGGUGAUGCCUGGUGAUGGGUGAUUGGGAGGACUGGCCUGUUUAUAUCAGGAAUGAUGGAGAGAUCUGGAACUGUAUGACUUUGUGACUGGGAGGAGUGACUUGUUGCUGUGAGAUUGUGUGACUGGGAGGAGUAACUUGUUACUGUGAGAUUGUGUGACUGCAAGGAAUGAUUUGUUACUCUGAGACUGUGUGACUGGGAGGAAUGACUUGUUACUGUGAGAUUGUGUGACUGGGAAAAGUGACUUGCCAAUGGGAAAAUGAUAUAAAUACCCAGAGGUGUGUAAUUGGAAAGAGUGGCUUGUUGAUAAAGGAAUGACAGAGAUAUCUGGAUGUCUCUGACAGUAGGAAGUGGUUUGCUUAUUUGGGGAAUGACAGAGACAUCUGGAGAUGUGUGACAGUGAGUGAGUAGUGGCUUUCUUAUUUGAGGAAUGAUGGAAAUAUCUGGAGGUGUGUAAUUAGGAAGAGUGGCUUGCUUGAUCUGAAUCUGGUGGGGACACUGUUUUAGUACUAAUAGUGCACUGCAGAGUGCCUUAUGGGAGGAUCUGAGCUGGUGUGUAUCACUUAGUCCCUUUAUUUGAAGAGCAAAAGUUGUAUUAUCUUUCUCUGUGCCAAAAUGAAUACGUACAAUGUGGAUAUAUGACCAUAUCAAAGAUGGGUCUUGUCUCCUCUCCUGUUUGUGAGCCUUUUGAUCAUUAAUACAACACAGUACUUCAGCAUUAUGAAGUAAAUCCUGUAAAGAUGCAUCACUUAUUGGAGUGUAUCAUGGUGAAACCAUGAUCUAAACAGUAUCAGUCUAGGGACAUAAGAGUGGCAUUUUUGUUGUUUGCUGAUGAUGUUGCCUUGUUAGUUCCAAGUGACUGGGUUCUCCGAUAGGUAUUACAGUUAUUCACUGCUUAGUGUAAAGCAUUUGGGAUGAAAAUAGUGCCCCCAAUAAGUGGUCACGGUUUUCUCUCAGGAAAGAUUAAGCUAUUGUCUGCAGGUGACAGGAACCAGCUGCAUCAAUGCAGAAUUUAUGUGGCUUAAGGUCUUUCUCCCUAGUAAAACUUUACAGGACCUUGAGACUGACUAGAAGGUGACUGCAGUGCUGAGAGUAGGUCAGGCAUUGAAUGACAUAGUAAGGGGGAAACAACACACAGAGCCACCACAGAGUAGAGCCAGAACAUGCUGGAGCUGCCCCAUUGUAGUGGCUAGACAAGCUGGAGCCAUCUCCAGAGUAGAACCAGCACAUGCUGGAGCUGCCCCAUUGUAGUGGCUGGACAAGCUGGGGCCAUCUCCAGAGUAGAUCCAGAACAUGCUGGAGCUAAACAUUGUAGUGGCUGGACAAGCUGGAGCCAUCUCCAGAGUAGAACCAGAACAUGCUGGAACCUGUACUAUCUGGGGAUUCCACAGAAUGAGAUGGAGUCUACUGAAAACUCAUACAAUAAAAAAGCCAAGAAUAAACAUUAUACAAAAAAGGGUAUAAUGAUUAAUCACACCCUGGAAACAUAAAAAAGAAUACCAACAAGAAAACAGGGGUUGGAGGGAGGGAUGACUUCUGCAACAGUGGCCUAUAAGAGCAUCUACGAUUAAAUCAAGUUUACUUACAUAACUGUAAUAUAUUCUGUACAUUGAUCAUUGUUGCAAUAUGGUAUAUGCCAUAUGGGUAGAUUAGUCAGUCAAGAAAAAAGAGACGAGACUAGUAACUAAGACUCCACAAGCCCCUGGAGAAUGGCAUUAGCAAAAAAUGUUCUGGACCUGGUCAUGGAAAAGGUAUCCAGUAUAUAGUGUUCUGUAAACCUAUGUAUAGAGGACCAACUUUCUGCCUAUGGAGUAUUUCUAAAGUUCACCCAUUCCAAAAAUAUUACUGAAGAAGCCAAAGCCCUUAUAGAAUGGGCUGUAACUUUGCCUGUACGUGCCUUAUUGUGUUGAGUAUAACAAAAGGCAAUAGCAUGAGACAACAGUCUAGAAACAGUCAACUUUGUCAUUGGUUGUCAUUUCCUCUUACCUUCAUAUGAGGCAACUACUUGGUCAGCAUUCCUGGAACGUUGAGUUUUGCCUAGGUAGUAUCUGAGCUGCCUGCUAACACCCAGAGAAUGACAAAUCCUUUCGCAGUUGUCAUUACCUCAGGUUUGAAGCCUUGGAGAUUAAUAGUCUGUCUUAAAUUAAGCUUUCAUAAGAUUUUAGGCAUAAAGGCAUGAUUUGUUUUAAAAGAAACAAUGUCUUUGUGGAAAACUAGACAGGGUUGACUCACCAUAAGAGUGUGUAACUCAGAUACUCUCCUAGUAGAUAGGUACAACAGUCUUCAAUGUUAUGAACCGCAGACCAGCUUGAUGAGCUCUUUCGAAUGGAAACAGAGUAAGCUUUUCAAGCACAAAACUAAGAUCCCAAGGAGGAGUCACCUGUUUCCUAGGUAGUCUGUUGUGAAAAACAGUUUUCAGAAACUGUUUAACUUGGAUGUUAUUAGACAGGGGAGGAUCCAAAGGUAGAAAGUAGAAAUGAUUUACAAAUGUACCUUGAUAGAAAUACUACAGGCCAGCCACGAGACAGUAACUCUCACAAAUAAUCAAGAACCAGAGCUAACCCGGCCUAAACUGGCACUAACUAGAAAUUUGUUUCCAAUUACACAAAUAAGAUUUUCUAGUAGCAAGUUUUCUUACCUCCUUUAGUGCCUGUUGCAAAUCCUCUGAAAAAAGAUGCCUAAAAGGUAUCGACAGUCUAUCAUCCAGGAAAUUAGCCAAAGAGUUUUCCAGACUGAGAUGUAUCAGAUGACCCCCCCAUCAUAUGUGAGUAAUUCUAAUCUGUGGGAAUGCUUGUGGUAAUUGUCCUUGGCCACACUGAAAAGAUGGAAGAACCACAGUUGCCUUGGCCAAAAGGGAGAGAUCCCCACAAUUUUUGACGAGUCCUUCUGGAUUUUUAGAGGAACACUGGUUAUGAGUGGAAAUGGUGGAAAAGCAUACAGGAGCAUUCCUAUCCAUGAGAAUAAAAAUGCAUUGGUCUUCCAGGCCUGUCUGCAAUGAAUUCUAGAGCAGCAUGUCUUUAGUUGUCUGUUCUGAAAAGAGGCAAACAUAUCUAAUUGAGGUGUUCCCCACAGUCGUAUUAAUUCUUGGAAGACCCAGGAUGAAAUUUCCAUUUAUGGGAGUCUUCCCCUGUUCUGUUGAUCUGCAAUAUGGUUUUGCUCUGACAGAAUGUACGAAACCAGAAGAGUCAGAGUGAGAUGAAUUGCUAUCUCCUAGUCUAUCACAGCCAGUCUGCAAAAAGACAAGAUCUGAUAACGCCCUGUUUAUGUACCACAUCACUGUGAUGUUGUCUGUAUUUACUUGCUGAGGUCCUAGGGACCAAAAAUGUUUUAAGGCCUUUAAAGCAUUGAUCGCUGCCAACAUCUUUCUGACAUUUAUGUGCUUUGCUUUGGUCGGUCUACAGGAUUCCACAGAGCUUGCAGCUCAUCCCCUUUUGGAACUGCUACCUGUGCCUGGUCUGAAGCAUCUGUGGUGACUGACUGGAGGUGGACUGAAAGGGAGAACGUAAGACCUGAACUGUAAGCUAUCUGAUCUACCCACCAUUCAAUCUCCCUAUUUCUAAACCCCAGAA